GUUCCUCAGCAUCACCCAAAUCAUCUGUAAUAUCUCCUAGCAGUGCAGCAGCUAGCAGACUGGCUGGACAAGGUUCUGAUUUAAUUAUUCCCACAGGGAGCAGAGCUCAGCAGAAGAGUGGACCUGUUGUGUUAGCAGAUGAAGUAAAGAAUCCAGCAAUGGAGAAAUUGGAGUUGGUGAGGAAGUGGAGCCUAAACACUUACAAGUGCACACGUCAGAUCAUCUCUGAAAAAUUGGGUCGUGGCUCAAGAACAGUAGAUCUGGAACUAGAAGCUCAAAUAGAUAUAUUGCGAGAUAAUAAAAAAAAAUAUGAAAAUAUCUUGAGACUGGCACAGACACUGUCCACACAACUCUUCCAGAUGGUACAUACCCAAAGGCAACUUGGAGAUGCAUUUGCUGACCUGAGUUUGAAAUCAUUGGAACUUCAUGAGGAGUUUGGCUACAAUGCAGAUACGCAGAAACUGCUAGCUAAAAAUGGAGAAACUCUUCUUGGAGCUAUUAACUUUUUUAUUGCCAGUGUGACUACAUUGGUGAAUAAAACAAUUGAGGAUACGUUAUUGACUGUGAAACAGUAUGAAAGUGCCAGGUAG